AUGUCCGAUAACACACCUGCUAAAUCACAAUCCGUGGUAAUUGUUGGUGCCGGAGUGUUUGGACUGUCAACAGCUUUGGAGCUGACAAAGCGAGGCUAUACUAAUAUCACCGUGUUAGAUCGCUAUUUGCCCCCGGCGGUUGAUGGCAGCAGUGUGGAUAUAUCACGAAUCAUCAGAUUUGACUAUGGCGAUCCAUUCUACAGCAAGCUAGCCAGAGAGGCAGUAGAAAUAUGGGCAGCGGAAUACCCUGACCACUAUCACCAAGUUGGGUUCGUCAUGCUCAACGAGAAAGGCGGAUUUGAGUACACGGCCAAGUCAAAGCAAGUCGAUGAGCAGUUGGGCAAGACUAUUGAAGAGUAUGCAGAUGCAACUCAGAUGCGUUCAAGGCGCCCCGGUAUCCCUGGCAAGCUUGAAGGGCUGAGUGCAUACUACAACCCUAAAGGAGGAUGGGCGGACGCUGCAUCCAGCAUCGCUCAACUGGCAGCUCGUUGCAGUGUUGCAGGUGUUUCCUUCGUCACUGGUCGACGAGGAACUGCCAUUUCCCUUAAUUACCAGAAAGCCAGGGUUGUGGGAGUGAAUGUUCUUGAAGGGCCUCCGAUACACGCUUCGCUUGUGAUCUUGGCAACAGGAGCAUGGACAAAUCACCUCUUACAAGUCGGACAUGCUAGCUCGGCAUCAGCGCAGCCUGUUGGAUUCAUUCAGUUGACGGAAGAAGAAGCUGCACGUUUGAGAAACAUGCCAGUUAUGAUCAACUCGAAUAAGGGGGUAUUUGCAUUUCCUCCAACGCCGAGGUCCAACAUCCUCAAGGUUGCUCGUCAUGGCUGGGGAUAUGCCACAAAAGUCAAGGUUGAUGACGGCCACUCCCCAGCUCGGGUAAUUUCAUGUCCACAGCGAGACAGCAACAAUGCUCGCAACUCUUACAUGCCAGAAGAUGCUCAAGAAGGGCUUCGUGAUGGUUUGAGAGACCUGGUUCCCGAAUUUGCUGAGCGACCGUGGUCUCGGCUGAGAUUAUGCUGGUAUUCCGAUACUCCGGAAGGAGACUUUGUUGCAGACAGACACCCUCAAAUUCCAGGGCUAUUUAUUGCCACUGGUGGGUCGGGACAUGGAUUCAAGUUUCUCCCAGUUCUUGGGAAGUACAUUGUAGACUGUUUAGAAAACAAGGCUCCAAAGGAACUGAGAUGGAAGUGGAGAUUUAGACUGCCCUCCGGAGCAGGCGAUGUGGUCAAGGUUGGAGAUGGGAGCCGUGGUGGACCGCCUCUUAGACUUUUAACUACAGUAGAACAAGCCAAACUAUAG